GAUAUGGAGAAGGAGACACUUGUGCUGGAGAAUACUGUGAAGGAAAACGUGCUUGAAGUUGACGAUAACAAUUUCCCAAUAGGCGAGAUAUCACGCCGAGAGAUGAGAGAGAAGAACGUAUGGCAUAGAGCCUCAUACAUCUACGUCAAAAACUCCAAAAACGAACUCUGCAUCCACCUUCGCUCUUCCAAAAAGGAGCUAUACCCAGGCCACUGGGACGUGUGCGCUGGAGGCUGCAUGAACUACGGAUUAACCGACGAAGAGAAUGCCACUAAGGAAUUGGCUGAAGAGUAUGGAGUCCAAGGCGUGAAACUGGAUUUUGUGUGCUCGGUCAGGAAGGAAAUUGAUAUUUCGAAGUCUUAUCUCUCAAUUUUUGUGUGUGAGUGGGACGGAGAGAUUAAGGUACAGGAGGAAGAGGUGCAAGAGUAUAAAUGGGUUACUUUGGGUCAGCUCAGGGAGGACUUUUUGGAGAAUCCUGAGGUGAAUAUGAAGCCGGAAGGGGUUGAAGUACUUGAGAUGCUGAUUAAGCAUUAUGGGUAUCUUAAAGAAUAA